UCCGGCCAACCCGCAUCAACAUUCGAUAACAACCCUAGUACAUGUCACUUUUUAUAGGGUUUAGGGUAGGGUACUCAAAUAAACAACUAUGCAGCCCAAUUCUUACCAGUUAGCAUUCUUACAGCUGGCCCAAUCAAUCAGCCUCUUCUUGGUAGGAAUUAGGAAAGUUCAGAAGAAAAGAAGUUCAGAGGUGGGAGAUUAUCAGCCACAUAUAAAGUGUUUACGUUGCAGUGAGCUGUUAGGUGGUCGUUGAGUAAAGCACUCACUCUGUUCUUAACAGAACUAGAACACGAGAGAAACACAACGAUAGGUCAUUUGGGUUUGGCGAACCAUUUCAAGAAUGUACCAACAAUGCUCAUUCAUGGCGAUGAGACAUCUCGGCCGGAAUGGAUUAAUGGCCCAAAGGGCCUCACUUUCUUCCUCUGCGGUCAAAUGGGAAGGUGGGGUUUCCAUGGUUCAGGGAGCAUCCAGAGGAAUUGGCCUUGAAUUCGUUAAACAGUUGUUGGAGAAGGAAAAAGGUCAUGUUAUUGCUAGUUGCCGUAAUCCUAAUGGAGCAACAGGUCUUCUCCAUCUGCAAAGUAAAUUCGCUGAACGCCUUACUGUUCUACAAUUAGAUGUGACGAAUGAAAGCACCAUACAGGAAUCUGCAAAGUCUAUCAGAGAAAGAUAUGGCUCGUUAAACCUUCUCAUCAAUGCAUCUGGGAUUCUUUCAAUACCUAAUGUAUUGCAACCAGAAACCACACUGAGCAAAGUAGAGAAGUCAUCUUUGCUGCUUGCUUAUGAGGUUAAUGCUGUAGGCCCCAUUUUAGCGAUCAAGCAUAUGUGGCCUCUCCUAAAGGUCGGUGGUGGACUGGGAACUGAAAGGGAUGUUGCAGUUGUGGCCAAUGUGAGUGCUAGAGUUGGAUCCAUAGGGGAUAACCGUCUUGGCGGUUGGCAUUCUUAUCGAGCUUCGAAAACUGCACUUAAUCAAUCAGUGACAAAGAAUAUAUCAGUUGAAUUGGCACGGAGGAAGGAUCCAAUCGUGUGCAUUUUAUUGCACCCAGGUACAGUGGACACAGAUCUCUCCAAGCCAUUUCAGAAAAAUGUUCCAGAAGGCAAGCUUUUCACAACAGAGUUCUCAGUACAGAAGCUCCUGAGCAUCAUCCACAAUGCAAAAAGGAAUGAUAAUGGAAAGUUCUUUGCCUGGGAUGGUCAGGAAAUUCCUUGGUGAACGUGGGGUUACUCCUAAACAGGAAAUAAUAAACAAGUUUUCAUUGAGUGAAUAGGGUGCAAGCCUACAAUUGCCUCUUAAAUGUGCAACUUUUGAUUUACUUUACUAAUAAAGCUAGCACUUAUUGAGUCUCA